UGCCCCGCUCCCUUGGCAGCCCCCUCCCCAGGCUGCUGUCCACCGGCCCAGGUGCUGAACCCGCCGCCGCCGCCCGCGACAGCCCAGCCCCGGGAGAGCCAGCCGGCCGCCCGACCGCCCAGCCCGACCGCGACGCGCACCGGCACCGCAUCCGGAGCGGGAUGAGCGGAGGGGUCUACGGAGGAGACGAGGUCGGGGCGCUGGUUUUUGACAUCGGGUCGUUCUCCGUGCGGGCCGGCUAUGCUGGGGAAGAUUGCCCAAAGGCCGACUUCCCCACCACGGUGGGCUUGCUGUCCCACGACGAGUCGGCCAUGGAGCUGGACGGCGACAAGGAGAGCAAAGCCGGCAAGGUCUACUACAUAGAUACCAACUCCUUGCACGUCCCAAGGGAGAACACGGAGAUCGUCUCGCCCCUCAAGAACGGGAUGAUCGAAGACUGGGGCUGUUUCCAAGCCAUCCUGGAUCACACCUACAACAAGCACAUCAAGUCGGAGCCCAACUUGCACCCGGUGCUCAUGUCGGAGGCCCCCUGGAACACGCGCGCCAAGCGGGAGAAGCUGACGGAGCUGAUGUUCGAGCAUUACAGCAUCCCGGCUUUCUUCCUGUGCAAGACGGCGGUGCUCACGGCCUUUGCCAACGGGCGCAGCACCGGCCUGGUCCUGGACAGUGGGGCCACCCACACCACAGCCAUCCCGGUCCACGACGGCUACAUCCUGCAGCAAGGGAUUGUUAAAUCGCCCCUGGCUGGCGACUUCAUCUCCAUGCAGUGCCGUGAACUUUUCCAAGAGAUGAAUAUCGAAAUUGUCCCUCCAUACAUGAUCACAGCCAAGGAACCUGUCCGUGAAGGGGCCCCCCCAAACUGGAAGAAGAAGGAGAAGCUGCCCCAAGUCAGCAAAUCCUGGCACAGCUACAUGUGCAAUGAGGUGAUACAGGACUUCCAGGCAUCCGUCCUUCAAGUUUCUGACUCUCCGUAUGACGAGCAGGUGGCUGCGCAGAUGCCCACCGUCCACUACGAAAUGCCCAAUGGCUACAAUACGGACUACGGGGCGGAGCGCCUGAGGAUCCCGGAGGGGCUUUUUGACCCCUCCAACGUGAAGGGUCUGUCUGGGAACACCAUGCUGGGUGUCGGACACGUGGUCACCACGAGCAUCGGGAUGUGCGACAUUGACAUCCGUCCGGGUCUCUACGGCAGCGUCAUCGUCACCGGCGGGAACACGCUGCUGCAGGGCUUCACCGACCGCCUCAACCGGGAGCUCUCUCAGAAGACCCCGCCGAGCAUGCGACUGAAGCUCAUUGCCAGCAACAGCACCAUGGAGCGGAGGUUCAGCCCGUGGAUCGGGGGCUCCAUCUUGGCUUCUCUAGGGACCUUCCAGCAAAUGUGGAUCUCCAAGCAGGAGUACGAAGAGGGGGGCAAGCAGUGUGUGGAGAGGAAAUGCCCCUGAAUGUCUCCCCUUGCCCCCCCACCUCUGCCCCCUCCCACCAUCUCUGGGGCGGCUGCAGCCCUUCUCAGCCUGGAUGCCCAAAUCCCCUCCCCACCACGGUCCUUGCUGUGCCCUCCCUCUCCUCUCGCCACACCCCCUGUUGCGUCCGAGAGCCCCCUUCCAAGAUUGGGGGGGGCCACAGGGGACCCCAGAAAAAGAGAGACUGCCUCGUCUGUUUGUGCUCUGAUUUCCCUUCGUCUGUUUCACCAACUGCCCGGGUGGCACCCCGAGAUUCCUGAACCGGGGGUCCGAGUUCCGAAAAUUGCUCCUGGUUGUGUUUUGUUUGGGGAGGCCUGAUUUAAAAAUAAAUAAAUGUGUGGGGUUUUUAAGAAAAAGAAAUAAAA